AUGAUUAAUAUUAAAGUAUUUAGCUAUUUGAUUGUUUUGAUUAUUAGCUUUAUUGUAUCUUUCCCAACCAGAUGCUAUCUGAACAUGCUGAACUUUAACUCCCAUGACUUUACAUUAACGAGGCCCUUAUUUCAGUUACUAUUAGGCUUUAUUUCAGAACUGACCAUUCUGGUCCAGCCUAAAGAAGCAAAUAUCUAUUGUUUUUAACUAAAGCAAAAUGUCAGAGCUGGUUUGGAGGAUUAGUUUACACAAAACAGCCCAUAAAUUACUAAGAAAGCAAAAGAAUAUUUCACAAUUUGUCCAGAAUGUGCAUAUUUAAAUAUCCAGAUGUUUUUAACAAGGAGAAAUUUAGGAUGUUUAUAUGUUCUUAAGUUGCCACAAUUUUACCUAAAGUAGAUUUUAGAGCAACUUCUGUUAAAGAAAAUGGGUUGAGAAAUUAAGAAAAAUGCUGAAAGAAUUUCAUUCAGAUUAUCAUGUUUUUCUCAGAGGUUCUAAAAGUCCUCCUGCUAGCAAUAGCAAUGAUGAUGAGGACCAGCGAAUAAUCAGUGUUGCUUCUUCGGUGUUUCUCUGGUGUUCCAGAGACCACAUUUCAAGGACUGCAACAGUCUUUCUAAAAGAGUUGAGUGGAGAAACAGACCAUUAGACAGGCUGGCUCCAUUUGUAGAUAGCUAUUGUGGCUGAUCAGCUUCUGUAGCACAAUCAUUUUUUAUAGCAUUGGGAGUCCUUCACUCAGAACUAGGCAAUAUUAGGGCUAUGUAAAACAUCUGAAAGAAGUUUGUUAACCUGAUGAAGCAUCUCUUACAGCAUCAGAGCAGCCAUAUAUUUUGCAAAACUCACACAGCUAUUUCAAAAGAUGUUUCCAGCCGCUUUGCUGGUGAUCCAGCUGGAAGUGUGAAUGUCUACACAAAUAGAAAACUAUGGACAAUGCAAAGCCUUCAGAGGAUGGGGCUUCUUUAAUGCUAUAAACGGAGUGUUUCACUUACACUGAUGCACUUUGUGAAACCAUUCUUUCAAAUAUAUUGCACACCAAUAUAUUACUGGCAUUCUUUCAUGUGAGGUGGGAAAUCUGCCACCAAAAUGCCAUUUGGGUGGCCAUACUAUAAUGUGUAGACUAGCCAGUGAUGAAAUGUAAUCAAGAAGAGAAAAGUUACUGUUCACUUUCAAUUCUAUGGCUGUUGAGAUUAAAAGAUGCAAAAUGAAGAGUGUCUGAUUGUGAGUAAUAAUUUCUACCUGCUUCAUACCUUCAUUCUGAAAUGAGUUAAUUAAGAUUUUUUUUCCAGGACAAAAAAUUAGGAUAAUUUAAAAGACCUCAAAGGCAGAUUCUCACUUCGAAGCGGGAAAAACUUUCAUUUUUAUUUUGAAUUCGCAGUAAGGUUUUUGUACAAUAAAAAGCAACAAUUCUUGAUAGUCAUGUCAAUAAAUCUCAUAUUAUCAAAUCACUAAGGCAAUAUAAUUUUUAAAAAGCGGUCUUUUUUCUGUUUGCAGAGAUGACAGAUUUGGCAAAAUGCAGCAUUUAUGUAUUUUCUAAAUUUAAAUCUCAGUGUUCUUCCAAGAAACUCAAAACCAGUCUUCCCCAGUUUAGCAUUCUCCAUGUUCUGGGCUGUAAUUCCUAUUGCAUGCUGCUAUGGAUAAUGGAUACUGCUCCAACAAAUCCUAGGGGUGGAGCUUGUUACUAGUUCUAAGCUUUUCUGGAAAACUAAACACCAGGAUCCCCCUACCUCUUUGCUGAGUGUGUGGUAUAUGGAGGUCCAGAAGUAUGAAUUCAACAACCUGGCAUUCACCCACAUUUUGUACUUGACUCUGGAUUCCAUCUAUCUGCUUGGAUGGGAGACAAAAGGGAUGGAAACCCCAUUAGUUGGGAAGGAAAAAGAUUGGAGGCAGAGUUUUCAGAAAUGUGGUCUGGAGAUGGCUUUAGGUUUAGUGAUAAAGGGCAGCCAGGAGAUGAAGGCUUGAGGGAGUGGAGGUAUAUGGAAUGAGAGGGAACUAGCAGUGAUAGCAAGGAGAAGAAAGCAACAGAGAAGAAACUGGAAAAUAGCCUUGUUGAAUGAAAGGAAGGAGCCUGAUAGAUGGUUCGUGAUCAUAGAGGAGGUGAAUGAAGGUUAAACGGAAGAGAGAAGACUGAGGAUCAAUACAGAAUUAUGUGGUCACUGGUAGAAGGGAGUCUGAAGAACCCAGUGAUUUCCUUCAUUGCCAUAAGAAAAGGAGGUGGUAUUGGUGGAGGUAAAUUGAGCCACUGGACACCCUAUCAUGGGAUGUUCCAGGGUUUGGCCCACAUGCUCUUUAACACUUAUGUGAAGCUGCUAGGGGAGUUCAUCUAUUGACUUGGAGCAAGGUCUCAGUUAUACAUCUCCCCCUUAGGCCAAACAAGAGAUGUAGGAGAAGUUUUCACUCCAGACCUGGAGGCUUUGAAGGACUGAAUGGGGUAGAAUAGACUCUAACUGAAUCCCAAGAAGAUGGAGUUGUUGGGACGAAGGCCUUCAGGUACUGUGGAUGUUCCAUCUGUUGCUCUUAGUGGGGCUCCAUUCCCCCUUAGGAGCAGGUGCACAAUCUAAGAAUGCUCCUAUAUACAUAACUUUUGCUAAAGCAGAUGGUGGAAGCCAUGGUUAGGGACAUGUUUAUCCAGGUUUUGCUAUUCUGCCAGUUGUGGCCUUUCCUGGACCAAGAGGCACUAGAUGCUGUGACUUAUGCCCUUGUUACCCUCUGGUUAAAUACCACAGUAUGCGCUACUUGAGAGUGCCCUUGAAAAUAAUCCAGAAGUAACAGCUAGCACAAAAGGUGGUUGCUGAUCUGUGGACAAGUGCCAACUUAUUUAACAUAACACCUUCACUGGGAGGUGAACUAGUUGCCAGCAAAGUUCCAGGCCAAGUUCAGAUUGCUGGUUUUUACCAAUAAAGCUUGUAUGGCUUGGGUCUUCAUUACCUUUGGAACCAUCUGCUUGCGCAAGGGAAUCCUUGUAGGUCCCCACUCCCUGAGAGACCUGGAUGCUUGGAGAAUGGCAUCUUGACAGCAAUCCCCUCAGCUUGCCCCCUGAGCUUAGGAUGACCCCCUCCCUGCUGAUAGGUGGGAAGGCUGCUAAAAUGGUAUUCUUCUGAAGGGGCUUUGGGGAGGAAAAUAGAGUAGUGAAUUUCAGUAGGUAUUUUAUUAAUUAUUAUGUUUACAUUUUUAUACUGUUAAGCUGCUUAGAAACAUGUGAGGCAUACACGACUGUAAAUCUGGAGGGCACCACAUUGAGGAAUGUUGCUCCUGACAACAUGUAUAAUUUUUUUUGUCUCAUUAUUAUCCCCACUAUCGAGGUUAAUGUAUCUACUCUCCUCAGGGCACUGAGAGUAUUGAAUCCGGUUCUGUGUCAGUCCUAUGUCAACACAAAUUAUUACACAAUGCUGAGUUUCUCGGUGUCUCACAAACUGACAUUUGGAAUUUAUUUGGGGACAGAAGAUUCUCCAUUUUAAAAAGAUGUUUCUUUAAAUAUGCCUCCUUUCUUAGUGAUGUACACUUGAAAAAAAAAAGCACCUUGCCUUAUUGAAAAGAUUUGUGUUAGCUUAAUUGCCACUAGAAUAAUAAAUGCAAAAGGGUGUAAAAUGAGCAAUGUACUCUACGUGGCCGGAAUUGAAGAGCAAGAUGUAUGGAGGCAGGUUAUCAUAUGAUCAAAAAGAAUACACUGAACUGCUUAUACCUGUUCUUUCAGAUAAAAUGAAUGCUUCAAUGCAAUCUUGAAAUGGGGAGCUUCAUCCCAAUAGGAAAUCUUUUCAGCCAAACAUCAUCAGCUGGACUACACAUGAACACUGACUUUAUAGCUUCAUCAUAUGCCAAAGGAGAUGUUAAUUCAGUCUCUGUCCAGGAAACAGUAGUGGCUCUUUAUGACUACACAGCACAUCGAUCAGAUGAGCUAACCAUCCACUGCAGUGACAUUAUCCAAGUGUUGUACAAAGAUAAUGAUAACUGGUGGUUUGGCAGCCUGGCGAAUGGACAGCAAGGCUAUUUUCCAGCCAAUUAUGUGGUUGAGGAAACACAAUAUGAACAACAGCAAUCUAAAGGAUUAGCAGAAGAGUCUACUCUUCCAUCCAGUGAAUUUGUAAAAGUAACAUCACCAGCUGUGCCUGAGAUGCUAGCAGACAUCAGCAAGUUGGGAGACCAAAGAUUUAUUUCACUGAAUGACACAGACUACCUGGCUGCACAAAUUACAUGUGGGCAAACAAAGAAGGGCAUGGAUACAGAGGAAAAAGAAUAUAAGGCAAAUGACAGCAUUCCAUUCAAUGGUGUUGAGGAUGAGCCUAAGAAAAACAGGAAGAAAAGGAAGAAAGGGAUAGUGAAAACUACUAGUAGAAAUGGAACAUCAGAUGAUGGCUUCCAGCUAGACUAUUCAAAAGUAUAGUGUCCGUUAUGUUCGUGGCUGUUAGUUUCACGGCUUAAAAGUACAUGGAAAAUUAUGGAAUUACUGCUUGUUGUGAAAUAAUGAUCAUAUAUUUGAAAACUUGGAAUAUUGUAGGUAAAUCUAUACCUCUAAACCAAUUGAGAUUUAUCAUGAUGUCGGGAGGCCAAGGAACCAAGGGGAAGAACGUAUAUUGAAAGUUCCAGUAAAAUUUAACAUGAGUUAAAAUCUUAACAGUGACUCGGGGUUUUUUAUUUAUAUAAAUAUAUAUGUAUAUAUCUUCAUAUUCCCAGUAGAAGUAUUUGGAUAUACUCUGCUAUCCAAAGAAAUGAGAUAUCAAGAAUUUUAUUGAAGCUCUUCAACUCACUGAAACAAAGCAGUCUAGUUUACUAAAAAUUGAAGAAUACCAUUAUGGGUAAAGACAGUAGACAUCAGCUUAAAGUUUAUUAUAGUCUAUGAAUAAAAACCAACCAGCUUAACUGGGACAGAAACACUAUAUUCUGGAAAGUCUUAUUUUGAUGUACUGUGCAUAAAAGAAUGCAAAGUUAAAUGCUUGUGAUUGUGCUGAAGGAAUUUCAACUUAAAAAUAUAAGCUCAAUGGAUGAUUUUAUUGUUCCUGCUACAUAGGAUUGGUCACUGCAACAACUUCUCAUACUGAAAUGGUUUUGAAGAAGAGAAUGAAUUUCAAAAAAACUAUAUGAUAAAAGAGUAUGUAUCACCACCAAGAGUUGGAAGCUAUAGCUUUUUGUAUGUUAACUUUAAAAUAAAAGCUUUUCAUAUUUUUUUUUAAUGUUAACGAAUUUACAAAAUUCAUUUUGUAAAGGCAGUUUUUUUCUGCCUUUAAAGCACCAUUGCCCAUUUUUUCUACUGUUUAGAAGAAUAAUUUGACAUCUGUAUAUGAGUGAGAUAUGUUUUUAUGCAGAACAUGUUUAUGUUCAGGUGUAACUGUUUUCAAAUUAAAAAGCAUUAAGUUGUGAAUGGUGUAUUAGUGAUGAUUUCCGGUAACUUUAUUUAUGAUUCUCUUGUGUAUAUAUGUUGACUACCGAUGCCCA